CACGCCUGAGGCAUUGAGAGUGCCAGCGCUGGACUCUGUGGAGCAAAUGAGAUGCUACAGCCUUUCCUUCUGAUCACGGGCAUUGCCUACAUAUCUUUUCUUCUCACUCGAUAUGUUAUCAGCGAACGAAAACAUCAACGCCAGGCUCGACAGUGGGGUUGUCAGGCCCCCCCUCGAGAACAAGGAACCUGGUAUGGCGUGACGAUUCUCAAAGAUUUCAUUCAAGCGCUGAAGGAGGAGCGUGCUACUCAAUAUAUCAUUCAGUGGCAAGAGAGAAACCCAGCGACGUAUGACACUAGGUUUUUCGAUAGCGUUGUUCUUCAGACUUGCGAACCUGCAAACAUCCAAGCCCUCCUCGCAUCCCAAUUUGAGGACUUUUGCCUGGGACAUCGUCUGCAAGCUUGGUCGCCUAUGUUUGGAAAAGGCAUUUUCACCACUGACGGUGCUGAAUGGAAGCAUCAACGGGCAAUGCUGCGACCACAAUUUGCUAGAGAGGUUUUGCAGGACUUUGAUACGGAGGAGAGGCACCACAAGAAUCUGCUGCAUCAUCUCACAGUCCGGCCGGACGGAUGGACUGACAGAGUCGACUUACAGCCUUUGUUCAUGCGCUUGACCAUGGAUUCGAGCACAGAACUUCUUUUUGGUCAGAGCACCAACUCUCAGAUGGCAGCCCUCAGCAGUGAAGGCAAGCUUGGAACAGGGCUUGGGUGGAAGUCAUUCAACGAUGCUUACGAAGGUAGUUUGAAGGCUGUGGGGAUUCGAAACUUUCUCGAAGACUUGUACUGGCUCUACAGCCCCAGACAAUACAAAGAGGAUGUCAAGGUGGUGCAUAACUAUGUUGAUCAUUUUGUUCAACAGGGUCUGCACCGUGCAUCCUCCGGCGAUGUCCAGGCCAACGACCGGUCCAAGAAAUAUUGUUUUCUCGAUGAACUUGCCAAAGAGACCCAGAACCCUGUCGAACUACGCGAUAAUUUACUGAACAUACUGAUCGCUGGACGAGAUACAACCUCCAGCCUUUUAGGCUGGACGAUCUACUUACUAGGUCAAAACCCUGGCAUCUUUCAUAAACUGCGCCAAAUUGUCCUUCGUGACUUUGGAACAUAUGAAUCGCCAGAGAACCUCGACUUCGCAUCCAUCAAGGGCUGCACAUAUCUUCAACAUGUUUUGAACGAGGGCCUACGGCUACACCCACCUGUACCAGCUAAUGCCAGAUUUGCAGUCCGAGACACCACUUUACCCGUCGGUGGAGGUCCUGACGGAAACUCUCCUAUUUACGUCCGUAAAGGACAGUCGGUCGCAUACUUUGUGGGCGCUAUGCACCGACGAAAAGAUCUCUGGGGAGACGAUGCCAACGAAUUUCGCCCGGAUCGCUGGAUUGGCCGCAAGCCGAAAUGGGACUAUCUCCCAUUUAGUGGUGGCCCGAGAAUCUGUCUAGGUCAGCAGCAAGCCUUGACUUUGGCUGGUUUCACGAUAAUUCGUCUCCUACAGAAAUUCGAUGACAUACAGCCUGCUGAUAAUGGAGAGAGGGCUCGACACCUCUUUACGCUCACAGAUGCUCCGCGUUAUUGCUGGGUCAGGCUACAUGAUGCCUCGCGCAGCUAGUGGGGAUUGCCAAACUAUGAGGAUUCUUCGACCUUUUGUGAAUCGGGGAGGUGGACCAACCGAAACAUCACAAUUAACGACUGUUCGACGUUUAUGCCUGGAGAGUUCUGUGGUUGUUCAAUUAAAUAUUGAUAUUUGUCCGCAUGCUUGCUCUUGCAAGGGAUUCUGUUUGUGAUUGUUUCUGGCAGCGUCUUAUGGCUAUAUGUAGCUAUAGAUUCAUUCUUGGCUAUCUAGUGACCCGGUACAAUAACGUUGUCCUCGUACGGCGCCUUCUGCGUGAGGCUUUCAAUCACUAAUGACACAUUGAUUUUACUGGCAUGGUGCAAGU